UUCCAAUGAUGAAAACAAGCUCCGUCCAGAUAUUGUUAAUGGAUUGAAACAUAUGUUGGACGUUCAUAAUGAGCUUGUGAAAAUAUUCAGAAUGGCAAAAGAAAAAAUUCACCAACACAACCAAACAGAAGUUAGGGUGCGUUUGAUUGGUCGGAGGGGUAGUGAUGCUCGGACGUACAACUUGCCAACCAGCUCCAAACUGGCCGUUCUGGUAGUUGGUGAUUUUGAUAAUGCAUUAGGAGAUCGUGACAUAUUGGUUGAAUCAAAGUCCGGACGUUUACAACGUAUCAAUGAGUUGAAUCCUGCUUACUUGGCUUUGCAGUAUCCUUUAUUACUUCCUUAUGGUGAGGAUGGGUUUCGAGAAGAUAUCCCUUUUACGGAACUUAAAAAAGUAACAAAGGAUGGUCGAACGACUGUUAGUGUUCGAGAAUACUUUGCUUAUCGUUUGCAUGAUAGAGAUUCAGAUGCACCAACCAUUCUGUCAGCUAGAAGAUUAUUCCAACAGUUCGUUGUUGAUGCAUACACUAUGGUUGAGUCUUCCCGUCUAAGAUACAUUCGAACACACCAGAAGCAGUUGCGGUGCGAUAUAUACAGAGGUGUGGCUGAUGCUGUUUUGCGCGGAGAUACUGAUGCUAGGGCCCGUGGUAAGCGAGUUAUUUUGCCAUCAUCUUUCACCGGAGGUGCUCGCUACAUGAUUCAGAACUACCAAGAUGCUAUGGCAAUAUGCAAGUGGGCUGGCUAUUCGGACUUAUUCAUAACAUUCACCUCGAAUCCUAAAUGGCCUGAAAUCACCAGAUUUUUGAAGGAUAGAAAUCUUAAUCCAGAGGACAGACCUGAUAUCAUCUGUAGAGUUUUUAGAGCAAAGCUUCGUGCCCUGAUACGUGAUCUUAAUAACAAUUCAAUGUUUGGGAAAGUAGUGGCAG